AUGUUGGAUUUGUUUUUAAAGAAUUUAGAAUGGGAGUUAUUUUCCAUCAAUGAGAGUGGUCGUAAUUAUUCUAAUUUAAGUUACACUGAGAGAAGAUCGCUUACAAAUUUAAAGGAGUAUUCUGAUAUUGUUAUUAAAAAGGCCGAUAAAGGUUCAGCGGUUGUAGUUUGGGGUUUAGAUGAAUAUCGAAAGGAAGCUCAUCGUCAGUUAAAAGAUGACGAUGUUUAUGAAAAUUUUUUGGAUAAUCCCGUAAAUAAAGUUGUUGCUCCCAUUGAUGAAAAAUUACAUAAUUAUGCGAGAGAGGGAAAAUUACCCAAUAAAUUUGAAGUAUCUUAA